UUGGGAAUGCCAAGGUUAAGGGAGCUAAUGGGGAGCUUGUGGGGCUUGGGAAUGUUCUGCUGGUUAAAGGCUUGUCUGCUAACCUUCUCUCUGUGCGGCGACUGCAGAAGAGCAAGGCCGAAGUGACCUUUGGACCAACCAGCUGCCGUGCUAAGCUUGGGAAGAAGCACUACAGGACCAGCCAAGACCCCACUUGCACUUGUGCACAUGGAUGUGGUGGGGCCCACAAGAGCCCCUUCCCUCUCAGGUAGCCGCUAUUUCUUGACAAUUGUGGAUGACCACACUCGGGCAGUCAGAAUGGCGUGGCUGAGAGGUUCAACAGGACCCUGCAGGAGGGGGCACGCACUCUCCUUGGGCGUGCAGGGCUGCCUGAUCCAUUUUGGGUGUCUGCACUGAGGCAGGUCGCCCUUGUGAAGAACAGGGUGCUGGCUACAGUUGGAGAUAAGGAGUGGAUCCCAUAUGUCAAGUGGUAUGGGAGUGCUCCAGCUGUGAACAUGCUGAGGGCAUUUGGGUGCAUGGUGGUGUUUCAUGUGCCUAAGGAGAAAAGGGGGAAGUUGGAGGCUUCUGGAAGAUGGGCUGAAGUGGAGCAGCAACAGCAACAUGAGUCUCCACCUCGAGUUCCACAGCCGCCUGAGCGACCUAGGAGGGAUGUGCGCCCUCCUGUGAGGCUGACCUAUGGGGGAAGAGGCAAGCCAAAUGUGGUGCAGGCUGGGAGUGUGGUUGAGCAGAUUGAGGAAGAUGAGAUCGCUCACUGCUACUGGGCACCAAUCCCUGAGCCCAAGACUCGAGAAGAGGCCUUGAAUGGACCAAAUGGGGAGAAGUGGAAGGCGAGUGAGGAUGAGGAGUUCGGGUCCCUGAUUGAAAACGAGACAUGGGACCUGUCUGGAAGCGGCCAAGAGGUUGGUCCGCUAUGUGAGUGCUACGGCAUCAGUGGGAUUGGAGUACAGUGGAGUGAGGCAGCGGUUGCAGAGAGGUGCUGCAGAUGUGAAGAGUGGAGAGAUGCUCUUGAGUUGCUAUACUGACGCUAGCUUCAACUCAGUGAAAGCGGAUGGCACCAGCAUUGGGGGAUAUGUGUGCUUGCUAGGAGGUGGUGCUGUGAGCUGGCGCAGCAAGAAGCAGAAUGAGGUGGGAUUGUCCUCAUGUGAGACUGAGUACAUGGCCUUACACCAUGGGGCCAAGGAAGUGGUGUGGCUGAGGCGCUUGUUGGAGGAGUUGGGAGUUGGUCAGGAGAAGCCGACAGUUGUGUUUUGUGACAAUGAGUCCGCUGUGAAGCUCGCCAAGAAUGCUUGUCUGCAUG